UUUGGAAUAACAUCCGGAAAUUACGUACAGUUUGUUUUGUAGCAUGUAAUGCUAGUUAGCAGUCCCGCUCAUUUAAAAUCACGUUAGCGACCUUUUCUGGACCCACAAGAUAUAAUAAAUUACGUGCAUUUUGUUCGCACUCUUUUCUGCAACAGGAAUGGACCGGCACAGAUCCCGCAGCCCCGUUACCAGCUCCCAACACCACUAUUCACCAAACAAACGAGGAGAUAACAGGAGAGCAAAACACUGUGACGCUGCACACUUCAGACCCACAAAUCACCACUGGCACCAGUCCAGUGCAACUCCAGAGCAAACCCCACCCAGGUCCCAGACAUUAUGCACAAGGAGGGAAGCGUAUGAGAGAGCCUUUCCGUUGUACAAGCAGCCUGUGGAAGUGGGCUGUUUCUCCCUGGACUCUCAGCGUAGGUUUUUCAAUGACAGCAGGCAGAUGAGAUACUACGUGGAACCUGACAGAAGUCCUAAUUUUGAUCUGAGCGACGGGUACAGGGGACGUUAUGUGAAAAGGGACGAAAACGUAAAGGAAAAGCUGGACCACAUUCUGCGGUGGAUUGUAGCCAACAGAUCAAAGCUGAAAUCCAAACUGUCCCCAGACGCUUCAUGCCUUCUAGACUUCGACUUUGUGACUUGGCGCGGCCACCUGACCAAGCUGCUCACUACGCCGUAUGAGACCAGCGAGGGCUGGUUGCUGGCUGUGACCAGGUUUAACGGCACGCUCUACAUCAGCGAGGUGGAGACCGAAGCUGCUCACAGAGAACGAGAGAACCGCCCUGAGAGGAACCAGGAGAUGAUGUACUGGGGAUACAAGUUUGAGCAGUACAUGUGUGCAGAUAAAACGUACAGUGAGCCUGACCCCAGCGGAGUGGUCAACACCAACGAGGCCUUCUGCACUGUGGUCCAGACCCGACUCACAGAUCACAAACUUCUGUUCUCUGGCGAGGUGGAUUGUCGGGACAAAGAUCCUGAUGCUCCACCUCCUCCUGCCUGUUACGUGGAGCUGAAGACCUCUGCAGAGAUCUGCACUCCCAAACAGCGCAGCAACUUCCACAGGUUUAAACUGUUGAAGUGGUGGGCCCAGUCUUUUCUCCCUGGAGUUCCUCGGGUGGUUGCAGGUUUCAGGGAUCAUGAUGGGAUUGUUGUUUCUGUGGAGACUUUUCAAAUCUCCAAGAUUUCCCAGCUCAUCAAGAAUGAAUAUAACUGCUGGAAGCCAACAGUUUGCAUGAACUUCUGCUGUGAUUUCCUGUCUUUUGUAAAGCAUGAAGCUACUGAAGACAAUCCUAGUGUGGUGUACCUGUUUUCCUGGGAACCACACAAGGAUGUGACCUACUCAGUCCACCGGGACUCCCAGUAUUCCUUCCUGCCCGACUGGUACAUUAAGGAAAUGACUUGUUCUGGAGAGUAACACCAUCACCUUUGACGUUACCAAUGGCCAUCCUCUGUGCUGUCUGGAAAAGUAGGAUUCAAGUAUUUUCUAGAUGUUGAAGAUUAAAAACCUCCAGAUUUAUUUCCUUUUCCACCAUCAGUAAGUUGUAUUCUCUUAACUACCGCCUCUAAUUUUUGCAAUGACAAUUGUGGAAAAUAACAUUUUGUAUUUAUAUUUCUGAAAAUAAGUAAAAAAAAAAAUAAUCAGGAUUUUGAAAUGAAAAGUGCAUAUGAACUCUGAACCCUGAGGUUUUCUUUGACAGAAUACAAAAGUUCACCAAAUGUCUCCAAUAAUUGCUUCAUUUUCUGAGGAGCUUUUUAAUCAAAAACAUUGUUCUUUGUUUCAUUCAUGGCAAUUUAAAAUAACAGUCUGUAAAUGAAUAAAAAAUGUUUCAUAGAAUUUAUUGUUCCCUUAUAAUAGUAACCUUGAGUUAGAAAGCAUCAGGUUAAUGAAGUGAAAUAAAAAAAAAAGAUAUUAAAUUGUAAUGAAAAAAAAAUACAUCAAAUAAUCAAAUCAUUAUUUUCUUUCUUUAAAAGUAUUUCAUGUAAACCUAUGUUUAAGAUUUUUUUUAAAUAAAUAAAUAAGACAAUAACUGACACUUAUGGUGUAAUCUA